AUGGUCAACUCCAACGAGUAUACCGUCGGCUGGAUCUGCGCAAUCGCUACCGAAUUUGUCGCUGCCCAAGCAUUUCUCGACGAAAAGCAUGAAAACCCCGCAUAUUUGUCCCCACAAGAUAAGAAUGACUACAUAUUAGGCCGAAUCGCGAACCAUAACGUGGUGAUCGCUGUAUUACCAGUCGGCGAAUAUGGCACCUCCUCGGCUGCACGGGUAGCAGAAACCAUGCUGCACAGUUUUCCUAACGUGCGAAUCGGCCUGAUAGUCGGCAUCGGUGGGGGUGCGCCAAGUGUAGACCAUGAUAUUCGGCUUGGGGAUAUUGUCGUCAGUACCCCCUCGAAUAGCCACGGGGGUGUAUUUCAGUAUGACUAUGGCAAGACCAUCCAAGGUGAAACAUUUUGUCCGACAGGCUACCUCAACCAGCCGCCUGCACUUCUGCGUGCAGCUGUAAAUGGGCUCCAGGCGCUGUAUGAGAUCGAGGGUCAUCAUUUAGAGGACGAUAUUAAUCAAGCCCUGGAAAGAAACCCAAGAUUGCGAGGGAAAUACAGUCGACCAGGUGCAGCCAGUGAUAGGCUGUACAAAAGUCAUAUUGUUCAUCCUCCAAAUGGAAAGACUAAUUGUACCAUACGUUGCGGGGAUGAUAGCUCUGCCCUCGUACUGCGGGACCCUCGUACGGACGAUCAAGAUAACCCGAUGAUUCACUAUGGGCUGAUAGCCUCCGCGAAUCAGUUGAUGAAAAAUGCCUAUGUCAGAGAUAAACUGGUUUUGGAAAAGGACGUUCUAUGUUUUGAGAUGGAGGCGGCGGGGCUGAUGAAUCACUUUCCCUGCCUAGUCAUUCGUGGCAUCUGUGACUAUUCCGACUCCCAUAAGAAUAAGGCAUGGCAAGGCUAUGCGGCAAUGGCAGCGGCUGCCUAUACGAAAGACCUAUUACACCGGAUCUCUGCUCAACAUGUGCAGGAAGAGCAAAAGAUCACGGAGAUACUUUCUACUGUGAAAGCGAUUCAUGAGACAACGCAAGAGAUCGAUCGCGGGGUCAAAAGACUACGCCAGCUCGGUGAUGACCACGAGUAUCAGCGUAUUAUUGAUUGGCUUACACCGGUGAACUAUACUCUCCAACAGAAUGAUUUCAUCACCCGGCGGCAAGAAGGAACCGGGCAGUGGUUUCUGAAUUCAACUGAAUUCAAGCAAUGGCUUAGCCAAAGCAAACAAACCCUAUUCUGUCCCGGUAUGCCCGGAGCAGGUAAAACCAUGAUCACCGCAACGACCAUCGAUCAUCUUUACCGCGAGUUCCGGAAUCAACCUAUGACUGCUAUCACAUACAUCUAUUGCAAUUUCCGACAGCAGCACGAGCAGCGAUACACCGACCUUCUUCUAAGCCUGUUGAAGCAGCUAGUGCAAGGACAGCCUUUUAUCCCCAAUGCUGUGAGAGUGCUUUAUGAUGAAUGCAAGCGAAGAGAAAGCGGACCCACCCACGAAGGAAUUUUAAGUACCCUGUAUAGUGUCACUGCGUCUUACUCGAGAAUCUUCAUCAUCAUCGAUGCACUGGACGAAUGUCAAGUCUCUAAUCAAGAUCGUGAAAGAUUUCUCCAGAUAGUCUUCGGUAUCCAGGAAAGAGCGAAGGCGAACAUUCUUGUAACUUCGCGUUUUGUGCAUGAGAUUGAAACAAGAUUUAAGGGAAGCCUCAGGCUGGAGAUCCGUGCUAGCAACAUAGAUGUGCAGCGAUAUCUCGAACAGCGGCUACAAAGCUUUCCAUCUUUUGUUUUAAAUAAUUCUACUCUGCAGAGAGAAAUUAAGAUCAAGCUUGCUCGCGCGGUAGAUGGAAUGUUUCUUCUUGCAAAGCUGUAUGUUGACUCAUUGGUCUAUAAAACAACGCCUAAAGCUAUAAGAGGUGUGCUUGCAGAGCUUGAGGUUACAUCCCGCGAAGGGUUAGAGGACGGCCAGAAGUCCAAGGUUCUUGACCAUGCAUAUAAGCAAGCCAUGGAGCGGAUUCGAGCCCAAGCACCAGAGCACCAGGAUCUUGCCAAUCGAGUUUUAACCUGGAUUGCCUGUGCUACAAGGAGCCUUACAUUAUCAGAGCUACAGCACGCACUUGCUGUUGAAUUCAACGCGCCAGAGCUUGAUAAAGACAACAUGCCAGAUAUUGGACAGGCUGUCUCUGUAUGUGCGGGCUUGGUUGUAGUAGACGAGAAGAGUGACUUAAUACGGCUUGUCCACUAUACAACACAAGAGUAUUUUGAACGCACGUACAAAGAGUGGUUGCUUCAGGGGCAUAUUGAAAUUACAAAGGCUUGCCUCACCUACUUGUCAUUCAGAGGUUUCGAUGAUGACCACUUGUCGACAUCAAUGUGCCUGGCCAUGAGAAUAUGGUCAAAUCCUCUUUAUGGCUAUGCUGCAUUGAACUGGGGAUACCAUGCUAGAGAGGCUUGCAUGGAAGAGGACAAGGUUGUCUUAAACUUCUUCCAUAACACUGCCAAACUAUCCGUCUGUGGUCAAAUUAUGGCAUAUCGCCACUUAGGCAGUGGCUUGGGGAAUUCAGAUAUGGAAAGCAUGCACCUUACAGCGUGCCUAGGGUUAGCAAAUUCCAUGUCAAUUCUGCUAAAAGAAUUACAUGACGCUGAUUCAAGAGACUCCCUUUACAUGACUCCACUUCUGUGGGCCGCCAUGCAGGGUCACGAACCAGCUGUAAAGCUACUUCUCGAGAAUGAUGCAAACGUCAACUCAUCAGAUGCAUGGGGCAUGACCCCACUGUCCCGGGCUGCCAACAGGGGCCAUGAGGCUGUGAUUAAGCUUCUUUUGGAAUGGAAUGCUGAUACUGAGAAAAAGACUCGUAAGGGUUACACACCCCUUAUAAUGGCUGCUGAGGGCGGCCACGAGGCGGCGGUACGAGCUUUCCUAGGUCAAAAUGCUAGUCUUGAAACAGAAAAUAACUUUGGUUCUACUGCGCUGCUAUUAGCUGUCCAAAAUGGACAUGAGGCGGUUGCCAGUUUCCUGUUAGAGAAAGGCGCCAAUACUGAAAUCAAGGGGUAUCUUGACAGAACUCCACUGCUAAUAGUCGUGGAAGAUCGCAACAGUGUUAUGGUAAGACUGCUGCUGGAUAAUAAUCCCAAUAUAGAGGCAAGGGAUUCGGAAGGCCUGUCCGCGCUCUCAUUAGCCGCUUGGGGUGGCGACGAGGCGAUGGGCAUUGCUGCGCCCUAUCUGGCAGCUCACAGUGAUCAUAAAGCCGUAGCCGAUCUUCUUGCAGACGCAGGAGCAUUAUAG